AUGCCCCUUCGCAAAGGAGAACAGCCUGAAAGGCUAGCUCAGCCGAGUAAUUUGCAGGUAUCCGAGUCAAUUUUCACGGACCGCUUUGAUAUCGCCUUGAUUUAUGGCGUGUUGGUUGCAUGCAUUUUAGCGAGGACAAAAACUAAGUUUCCAAAUGAUUGGUUUCGUGAAGAGACUGCCAGUUGA